AUGUACAGCAGAGCUUACAUCUUGCUAAAAAGAGAAUUCGAAGAGUUGAAGAACAACAGUUAUGAGGGUAUUACUGCCUUUCCUAUAAGUGAAGAUAUGAUGCAAUGGGAUGUUGACAUUGAAGGUCUACAGAAUACAAUUUGGCAUGGAGCAUUCUUCCAACUGAGAAUAAAUUUUACAUCAGAGUAUAAUUUUGUCCCUCCAGUUGUGAAAUUCAGAACAAUUCCUUUUCAUCCAAAUGUAGACCCACAUUCUGGCAAGCCCUGUAUAGAUUUUUUGGACAGCCCUCGUAAAUGGAAUAGAAGCUAUACGUUGAGCAGCAUCUUACUUACCCUCCAGGUUAUGCUUUCUAAUCCAGUUCUAGAAAAUCCAGUGAAUUUGGAAGCAGCCCAUAUACUGAUGAAAGAUGAAACUCUGUACAGACUAAUAAUUCUACGACUUUUCCACCAGCCGUUACCAUCGAAAGAUGAUGGUUCUGAAUUGCCAAAAGAGCCAGAUAAACUUAACAGAUCAAUUAAAUCAGUCUCAUUUAGUGAUUACUACAAGACAUGGUCUGGAAUAGCCACAUCAAAAGCCACAGAAUAUUACAGAACUCCAUUUCUUAAAGAUCCAAAUUUCAUUAAGCAGUAUUAUAAUUGGAAGAAAGAUGAUCUAAGACAUACUAAAGAAUGGAGUUUGAGGUAUAUUGCUGCCAUAUCUCGGAUUGCUAGAGAAAAUAUAAACGUUCAGAAAGUCAAUUAUCAAACUAGAAGAAGUUAUAUCUGCGUACCUCCGAUUCAAACUUCUCCUGAUUCACAAACUGAAACAGAUACUGUCACAAAGAAGGACCAAAAAAAGGAAUGGUGGAAGAGAAAGUCAGUUGAAAUUAGCAUAAAUGACCCAUGGGAAAACGAAGUGGACGAUCUGGUUGCCUGGACCAACUCCCUUGAUACAGAUGCUUUGGAAGAUUAA